GCAUUUUAAAUGCCUAAUUGGCUUAUAUAUUGAUCAUACUGAUCUGGAAAUUACAUCGUUGCCAUUGAUCGCCUCGAGCUUAUCCGCCGCCCGUUAUGAGUGCUUGCUAGCUAGCUUAUCGGGAACAGCUAGCUAGUCAACACCGGCUGCCAUCAGCUCUAGGGUAUCAUUCCUGUAGUGGACUGUGACGAUGGUAUCUGGACUGGGAAAUGUCGCCUCAUGGCGACUUGCAUCUGUAUUGAUUGCCGGUCUGCUGGCUAUCCAGGGACGCGCCAGUCCGUCAGUCAAUGUUGCUCUCCAAGCUUCGUUUGAUUCCCCGCCUUAUCUGAUAGAGCUUCUAGAAUCCGCCGCAGAGGAGAACUCUACCUCAUACUUCCCAUUACUCGAUCGGAUCGCCGACGGUUCUUUCGACGACGCUGUUACGGAUAAGGACCUAUAUGACCGCUUUUUGGAAGUUGUGCGUGAGGAUGGACACUUACGGACCCCCGAAAGUCUCUCGUCUUUCAAGUUGUCGCUGGCGAUGAGAUCUGCCAGUCCGCGGAUCACGGCUCACUACCAGUUCUAUAAUGCUUCGGUUCAACAUUCCUUGAUGGCCGCGCAGGAUGCGGUCUGUCCUGUUUGGGUGCACUCGGAAGGAAAGCAAUACUGCUCGUCUACUAUGGAACGUGCUCAACAGGAUGUUGAAGGUUCUGAUGAUCCACGAGAACUCCCUUUCGAUCGUGUCUUCGGUGAUCCCUCUCUACCUCCAGCGAUUUUGUACGCGGAUAUAGCGACCCCGAUGUUCAAGGAAUUUCACCAGUCACUGAGUGCUAUGGCAAAAGAAGGACAAGUCUCGUAUCGCGUACGAUAUAGGCCUCCCCAACAUUGGACUCCUCGCCCUGUUUUUGUGUCUGGAUACGGGGUCGAGCUGGCGUUGAAGCGGACGGACUACAUUGUGAUUGAUGAUAGAGAUGCGGAAGAAAGAGGGACCGGCAGCAUUGAGUCCGGAAAGUCUGACGCGACGGAGGAUGAUUUGGACGACCUGAGACCCCUGUCAUCCUCAGAAGUUUCGCGGCUUGGGCUGAACACGGUAGGCUAUGUGUUGGAUAGCGAUGACCCUUUUGACACACUCGUGAAGCUGUCACAGGACUUCCCCAAGUACUCUGCGCGUGUUGCGGCUCACAACGUUUCCACUGAAUUGUUGCAAGAUAUUCGGUCUAGCAGAUUGCGUAUGCUUCCGCCAGGGCUUAACGUGCUUUGGAUCAACGGAGUUCAGAUUGAACCUCGACAAGUGGAUGCAUUCACUCUCCUGGACCACUUGCGUCGUGAAAGAAAAUUGAUCGAGAAGUUCCGCAACUUAGGCCUUUCCGCUACAGAUGCUGUAGAACUGUUGUCACACCCUCUGCUUGGAGAGGCCUUGGCCCAGGAUGGCCCUCAGCGUUACAACUACCGUGAUGACAUUGAGGGAGGUGGUGUUAUCAUGUGGUUGAACAAUCUCGAAAAGGAUGCACGCUAUGAAUCAUGGCCCAGCGAACUUGCAGGAUUUAUGCAACGCACGUACCCAGGCCAGCUUCCAGCAGUGCGCCGCGAUUCCAACAAUAUUGUCUUCCCUGUCGACUUGACGAGCACUGAAGAUGCCGAUAUUGUCGUCAAGACGAUCCAGGUCUUUGUGAAGAACAAGAUUCCCGUCAGAUUUGGUUUGAUUCCGGUUACGUUCUCGGACGGAGCAAUUGCUCAGCUCAAGGUCGCUCAUUACCUUCAAGAGACUUUUGGUCUCGCCAGUUUUAUGGAUUACCUCGAAGCAUCGGCAUCCAAAAACAAGUUGGCUUCUCCGGAUAAGGCUUGCUUCCAGGCUGCAACUCAGGACCGGAACCCUCGUCCUGAGAAGGCUUCUCUAUCUCUAGAUGAAGUCUUGAAUAAUGGUGUAUUUGACGCGACGGUGUCAAAAACAACUGCGUACCUAAACCGUCUAGGGAUGAAGCACGAGCCAUCACAUGCUUUUGUUAACGGUAUUCCUGUCACCCGCAAUGAUAAAUGGGCGCAGGAAAUGAGCACAAAGAUCAGCAGAGAUACCCAGCUCAUUCAACAAAAGAUUGCUGAUGCCGAGGUCGACGAAGAUACUUGGCUGCCAGAGCUGUUUCUUUCACAGGCUUUUGACCGACGCAACCCGGCGAUUGUUCCAGAAGACCCGAAAGAGAUCCGGGCUGUGGACUUGGUGCAGAUUGCGGACUCCCAAGGGGAGCUCUUCAGCCAGAUUCCACGUCUAGCGCUAGACGAAAGCAAUGCCUUGGAGAGUGCCCAUGCCAUCGUUGUUGGCAACUUUGAUGGUGAAACGGGUUAUGAGCUACUUAGUGCGGCCCUCGAGAGCCGGAAGACACAUGGUGAAGUUGAGAUGCUUUUCCUACACAAUCCAAAGCUUGAGGCGCCCCCAGCAUCUAGGUCUGUCGCCGUUCGCCGUUUGUUGAACGGUGGCAAAGAGGUGGAUGCCAGUCAGGUUUUGGAGGCGAUCGCGUCUUCCGCCUUGCCAUCAGAUGAGGAAGUUGGGGAUGCGGCACACUUCUGGGAGGCUCAGCGAGCUGUAGUACAAGGGCUUGGACUCGCUCCGGGCGAAAGGGCACUUAUCGUCAACGGAAGGGUCGUCGGACCAAUUGCCGAAGACAUCUCACUGACCUCAGAGGACCUGGACCAGCUACUGGUUUAUGAGAAGCAAAAGCGAAUUACUCCGGUAGCAAAGGCGGUCAAAGCACUUGAAUUUGACGAGAAGCUUUCUGAUCCGCUCGACUUUGCCAAGCUCACCUCGCUUACCACGCUUUCUACGAUUUCGGAUGUGCCAGAGGGCAUCUAUGAGUCAACUUCGGACAUCCGUUUGUAUUUGUUUAACCGAUGGAACGACGCGCGUUCGGCGAUUACUGUCUCCAACUCUGAGGAUCCAGCGAUCACCAUUGUUGCAUCUAUUGAUCCAACAUCCGAAGUCGCUCAGAAGUGGCUCCCGAUUUUGAAAGUACUGUCCGAGCUAGCGAGUGUCCGAGUUAGGUUGGUCCUAAAUCCCCGCGAGGAGAUCAAAGAACUUCCCACCAAGCGUUUCUAUCGUUAUGUUCUCGAUUCGGAGCCAUCAUUUGAGGAAGACGGUUCGAUUUCUCGGCCCACGGCCUCCUUCUCGGGCGUCCCCGUUGAAGCACUGCUCACCCUGGGCAUGGACGUUCCCUCGUCGUGGCUUGUGGCCCCCAAGGACUCUGUUCAUGAUCUUGAUAAUAUAAAGCUCAGCUCCGUCAAGGAGGGCUCGAAUGUUGAUGCUAUCUACGCAUUGGAACACAUCUUGAUCGAGGGCCACUCCCGUGAUAUGACCACGAAGUCCCCGCCUAGAGGAGUCCAGCUUGUCCUUGGAACGGAGAAUAACCCUCACUUCUCGGAUACCAUCAUCAUGGCCAACCUCGGAUACUUCCAGUUCAAAGCCCAACCUGGACUGUGGAACAUUAACCUCAAACCGGGGCGUAGCGAACGUAUCUUUACUCUCGACAGUGUAGGCGGCCUAGGCUACAACCCCCAGCCCGGCGACGAAAGCAACGAAGUGGCCCUCCUUUCCUUCCAAGGUCGCACCCUUUUCCCGCGUGUCUCCCGCAAGAAGGGCUACGAGACUGAAGACGUCCUCGAAACCAACCCCAGACCAGGUUCGGCGAUGGACUACAUGAAUAAGGGUUUCAACUUCGCCUCCGGCAUCCUAUCCAGCGUCGGAGUCGGCACCAAAGGCAGUGCCAGCGGCAAGCAGGCUGACAUUAACAUCUUCUCCGUCGCCAGUGGACACCUCUACGAGCGUAUGCUCAACAUUAUGAUGGUCUCAGUGAUGCGCAACACCAACCACAGCGUGAAAUUCUGGUUCAUCGAACAAUUCCUCUCUCCUUCCUUCAAGUCCUUCCUGCCCCACCUUGCGAAGGAGUAUAACUUCUCCUACGAAACGGUCACAUACAAAUGGCCACACUGGCUCCGGGCCCAGAAAGAAAAGCAGCGUGAAAUCUGGGGCUACAAGAUCCUCUUUCUGGACGUUCUCUUCCCCCUCGACCUCGACAAAGUCAUCUUCGUUGAUGCCGACCAGAUAGUCCGCACAGACAUGUACGACCUCGUCAGCCUCGACCUCGAAGGUGCUCCUUACGGCUUUACCCCCAUGUGCGACUCCCGCCACGAGAUGGAAGGCUUCCGCUUCUGGAAGCAGGGGUACUGGAAGAACUUCCUCCGCGGCCAGCCCUACCACAUCUCCGCGCUUUACGUCGUCGACCUGAACCGCUUCCGUGCCAUCGCCGCCGGUGAUCGCCUCCGUGGACAGUACCAGAUGCUGUCAGCUGAUCCGGAGAGUCUGAGCAACCUGGACCAGGAUCUGCCGAACCACAUGCAACAUCAUAUCCCGAUCAAGAGUCUGCCGCAGGAGUGGCUGUGGUGUGAGACUUGGUGCUCGGAUGAGUCGCAGUCGCAGGCUCGUACAAUUGACCUGUGCAAUAACCCUAUGACGAAGGAGCCGAAGUUGGAUCGUGCUAGGAGGCAGGUACCUGAGUGGACUGAGUAUGACGAUGAGAUUGCGGCCUUGUCGAAGAGAGUUGCUGCUGAAAAGCAGCAGCAGGCGGAGGAAGAAAGGGACAAUGAACCGUACCCUGACGAGGAUGAAGAGGACGAGGCUUCUUCUGGCUGGGAUAAGGAUGAACUUUAGCGGGUGUCGUUUUAAUUAUAGCGUGUAUACAUAGAUCAGUUUGGUCUCCAG